AUGAACGUAGGUAAUAUAAUUUCUCUCGGUUGCAUUCAAAGUCUUCUCGGUGAAAAUGAAACUGCCAAGCCAAACAAGCCAGUGCUCCAACUAGUGAGAGUUAUCCCAGGCAGCGGUGAGCAAGGUGGUUCUACCAGAAUUAAGAUUGGACUUUCUGACGGGGUUGAAAUUAUUCAUGGCCUUAUCCCGGAUCAUUUAAUCAAGGCCGUAUGUAAGGGAAAAAUGCUGGAUAGGGGUAUGAUAAUCAAAUUGACCAAUUAUACCGUUAGUAAUUCUGGACCUGUCCAGGCCGGCCGUACAUCAAAGUUCUUGGUUAUUAUCGGGUUUGAAAUGGUUAAAGAUGUACCUUUGGAGUUAUAUGGUCUUGAUUUCGAUAGGUUAAAACAACGCCAAGAUUCGGUAGUUUUAAAUCGUGAUAGUACGUCGCAAAGGAAUCCAAAUAACAUUUUGGAUAGACAACGCCAAGAAUCGUUGCCUUUAAACCGCGAAAGUAUCUCACAAAGAAUUCCAAAUAACAAUUUGGUUAGACCACGCCAAGAUUUGUUAUCUUUAACCCGUGAUAGUAUCCCGCAAAGAAAUUCAACAAACAAUUUGGAUAAUCAAUCUUUAAACCUUAAUAGCACCCCUCAAAGAAAUUCAAAUAACAAUUCUGAUGAAGGAAUUUGUACUAUUGAUAAUAUAAGCCCAUAUCAUAAUAAAUGGAAACUCAAGGCAAUGGUUGUUCAAAAAUCGGACCUUAGAACUUGGACGAAUGCGCGUGGAAGUGGCAAGUUAUUUAAUGUAACUUUAAUGGAUAAUAGUGGAGAAAUUAGGGCCACUGCUUUUAAUCAACAAGCGGAAGAAUAUGCGAAUUUUUUGCAAUUGAAUAAGGUAUAUUACAUUUCUAAAGGAAAAGUCAAUAUAGCUAAAAAGCAGUUCUCAAACGUUCAAAAUGACUAUGAAAUCACUAUUGAAGCUAGUACAAUUAUCGAACCGGUUGAUGAUUUAACUGUGCCUAUCAAAAUAAAUAUCGACCCUAUUAAGAUUUCUGAUUUGAAUGACUAUGAGAAAGAUCAGACAGUCGAUAUUGUGGCUGCCAUCAAAGAAAUUGCUGAGACAGCCCAGAUAACAACAAAAAACCAGAAAAUGAUAGACAAAAGGGAUAUUAUUAUAGUAGAUGACAGUGGUUAUGAGAUUAAAUUAACUACUUGGGGACAACAAGUUAAUGAACUUAGAGAUGUAGAACCGGGUACUGUUAUUAUCUGUAAAAAUGCACGUGUUGGCGACUUUCAAGGGAAAAAUCUUUCUAUGUAUGGUAUCAGUAGACUGUUAAUUGAUCCUGAUAUACCCCAGACUUAUCCUCUACGUGAAUGGGUAAAAAAUGGGGGAUUAGAAAAAGAGACAAAUGUCUUUUCAAGUGGUUUUUAUCCUGGAUCUUCAAAUUUUCGAAACAACCCUGAAAAGACAAUUGCACAGAUUGUUAAAGAGAACAUUGGACAUAAUAGCGAAAAGGGUGAAUAUUUCGUUACAAGAGGAACAAUUGUAUUUAUCAAAAAAGAAAGUAUGUUCUAUGCUGCAUGUCCCACCGAUGGCUGUAAUAAAAAAGUUAUUGAAGAUGGAGAAAAUUCAUAUCGGUGCGAGAAAUGUUCGCGAUCAUUUGAUCACGUCAAAUACAGAUACAUAUUCAGUAUAAAUGUGUCUGAUCAUACUGAUGGUAUGUGGUUUCAAUGUUUCAAUGAGACAGGAAGCAUAAUCAUGGGUAAAGACGCCGACGAAUUAAAUAAUAUAAAGGAAAAUGAUGAAGCUUUUUUUGAAGAUUGGAUUGAUGCUCGAUUUUUCAAAACAUAUAUAUUCAAAUGCCGUGCAAAAAUGGAGAAUUAUCAGGAAAAAAAUAUAAUUAAAUAUCAUAUUACGGAGGUUAUUCCUAUAGAUUUUGUCGAACAUGGAAAAGCCUUGUUGAAUAACAUCAAUGAAUUGGAAAACUAG